UAUUAUAAUUCUAUUUUGUUUUGGUUUCUUCUCCUUCGCUUGUUCUGCGGAAUUCUCUCUCCUAUGGCUUCUCCAGUAAUCUAAAUUUCUCUCUCUAAAGUUCUCUCUGAAACUCUUCCUUUUCCUUGUUUUAAACGACAUCGCUUGUACAUUGGCGAUCUGUUUCCGUUUCUUGCUUCCUUAGAUAUUUUUGACGCUUUGGUUUUGGAAGCCCACCCUGGUUUUUGAUCUAUGGGGCAUCAUUUAAGCUGAGUGUAAAGAAAAUGGACCAAGCCACUAAGUUCAGCUCUUUGACUGGAAUUCUAUUGGAGGUCUCUUAGACUCGUUGAUUUUAGAUGAUACGAGCUGGCUGCAGCUUGUAGAAGCUGCAUGUGAGAAUGUUGAUAAUUUUCUGGCUGAUAUUCAAUCAUUCUUACAAUGAGAAGUCUGUUCCUGUCAACAUCAUACAUUUCAUGCUACAGUUUGGCACUAAACCAUAUAUGCAAGCUAGUGAUCAAGUCUAUGUCGAUACAGUAGACACCUCUAAUUGGAGGUUGUUAGAAGUACAUUGACAAAUUGUUGAUUGUCAUUUGCUACGACUGCAAUAAUGGAAAGGUAUAAAAUUUUGGAGGAGCUUGGAGAUGGUACUUGUGGUAGUGUGUUCAAAGCCUUCAAUAUAGAAUCAUUUGAGAUUGUUGCUGUAAAGAAGAUGAAAAGAAAGUUCUACUUUUGGGAAGAGUGCAUGAAUUUACGAGAAGUUAAGGCCCUUCGUAAACUAAACCAUUCUAAUAUUGUAAAGUUAAAGGAGGUUGUCAGGGAAAACGAUGAACUAUUCUUCAUUUUUGAGUACAUGGAACAUAAUCUUUACCAAAUCAUGAGAGAGAGACAAAGACCUCUUACAGAAGGGGAGAUACGGAGCUUCAUGUCUCAGAUGCUGCAAGGACUUGCUCACAUGCAUAGAAAUGGAUAUUUUCAUCGAGAUUUGAAACCUGAGAACCUGCUGGUGACAAAGGAUGUUCUCAAGAUUGCCGACUUUGGACUGGCUAGAGAAGUAUCAUCAGUGCCUCCUUAUACAGAAUAUGUUUCCACACGGUGGUACCGUGCUCCAGAAGUUUUGUUGCAGUCCUCCUCUUACACUCCUGCAAUUGAUAUGUGGGCUGUUGGUGCGAUAUUAGCAGAGCUUUUCACUUCAUCUCCUAUUUUCCCUGGUGAAAGUGAAAUAGAUCAACUGUACAAGAUAUGCUGUGUUCUGGGUGCACCAGAUUGGACUUCUUUCCCUGAAGCAACAAACAUCUCUCGUCUAAUCAAUAUUAGCUAUUCCGAGAUUUUACCUACCAACCUAUCAGAUAUCAUUCCCAAUGCGAGCUCAGAGGCUGUUGAUUUAAUCAUGCAACUUUGCUCAUGGGACCCAUUAAGGAGGCCAACAGCAGAUCAGGCAUUGCAGCAUCCUUUUUUUAAUGUGGGCGUGUGGGUUCCUCAUCCACUGCUGCAUGAUCCACUUGAGUUGAGGCUAAACAACAUGGGGGCGGAGCCAAAUCUUGAGUUGAAUCUAUGGGAUUUUGACACUGAACCUGAUGAUUGUUUUCUGGGCUUGACACUUGCAGUUAAACCAAGUGUUUCAAACUUGGAGGUGGUACAUAAUGUCUCUCAAGGUAUGGAAGAGGAUAUACUGUUUUGCCCUCGGCUGAAAGAUCAUCCAGACCAAUCAGUUGUUUGGUCAUUACUUACUCCUGAUCAAAAUGGAAUUCACACACCAGUUGAAUCGUCCCUAUCUCUCUCAUUCAGAGCAGUGAUAAUGAAUUUUUAUCAUGUAGCAUGAACUAAUCACAAAUUUCCUCAAGAGGUUCACAAAUCAAUGGUUGAUGAUGUGGGAAUACGUAAGUGGGAGAGUGUAUCAUUUGCCUUUGGCUUAAGUGGUUAGGUCGAAGAGUAUAGGCCUGAAAAGCCUUCUCUCCCUGGCUGGCCGGCCGGCCGGCAGGGUUCAUGAGCUGCUGGUCUACGGGCGCGCCUUACUCGGCGAGCUUCAUCUUGUGCUGCUAGGUUUGCCUUCCCCGGUUGGCUUUAGCCAUUAAUUUUGUAGCACCGACCUGGUUCUACAGCUCAUAGCUGUCUCUUUGAGAAAGUUGAAUCUCUGAGUGAUGCCAUUAUUUCUGUCGUAUUCAUGCGUUUACGUUUUGGGCAUAUUUUAGGGACAAAAAAAUAAGACAAAUAGAAUCGAGAAUAUUCUCUCUUUCAUCUUU